UUGAUGGAUAACCAGACAGAAGUGACACAGUUCAUCCUCCUGGGACUCACUGAUGACCCAGGCCUGCAGGUUCCCCUCUUUAUCACCUUCCUCCUCAUCUACACCAUCACCCUGGUUGGGAACCUGGGGAUGAUCCUGCUGAUUCUCUUGGACUAUCAGCUCCACACUCCCAUGUACUUUUUCCUAGGUAACCUGUCUCUGGUGGAUUUCUGUUACUCCUCAACUAUCACUCCCAUACUCAUGGCUGGACUCCUCACAGGUGACACAGUCAUCUCCUACAAUGAUUGUGCUGCUCAGAUGUUCUUUUUUGGAGCCUUUGGAAGUGUGGAAAAUUACCUGUUGGCCUCAAUGUCCUAUGAUCGCUAUGCUGCAGUGUGUAAGCCCCUACACUAUGCCACCACCAUGACAGCACGUGUUUGUGCAUGUCUUUCCGUAGGUUCUUACAUAUGUGGUUUCCUGAAUGCCUCCAUCCACACUGUGGACACGUUCAGGCUUUCCUUCUGCAAGUCAAACGUGGUCCAUCACUUUUUCUGUGAUGUUCCAGCAGUCCUGAUUCUCUCUUGCUCUGAUAGACAUGUUAGCAAGCUGGUUCUUAUUUAUGCAGUGAGCUUCAAUAGCUUUUUUGCCCUCUCAGUUAUUGGGACAUCCUAUGCAUUCAUUUUUAUCACUAUUUUAAAGAUGCAGUCAGGUGCAGGAUAUCAGAAGGCUGUGUCCACCUGUGCCUCCCACUUCACUGCCAUCACCAUUUUCUAUGGGACUGGCAUUUUCGUGUACCUACAGCCCAGCUCCAGUCACUCCAUGGACAAUGACAAAAUCGCAUCUGUGUUCUACACCAUGGUCAUCCCCAUGCUGAACCCUCUGGUCUACGGCCUGAGGAACAAGGAGGUCAAGAAUGCAUUCAGGAAAGUUUUACUGGAAGCAAAGUAA